AUGAGGCGAGGGGCCAGGAGGCCGAGGGGCAGGGACGGGCCCCCCCCUACGCCCUGCGACCCGGCCCAGUGCUUCGACCUGCUGGUCCGCCACUGCGUGGCCUGCAAGCUCCUCCGCACGCCCGAGCCGAGACCGGCAGGGGCGAGCAGCGCGGCGCCCGGGACGGCGCUGCAGCCGCAGGAGUCGGUGGGCGCGGGCGCUGGCCCCGAGGCGGCGCUGCCCCUGCCCGGGCUGCUCUUCGGCGCCCCCGCGCUGCUGGGCCUGGUGCUGGCGCUGGCCCUGGCCCUGUUGGGCCUCAUGAGCUGGAGGCGCAGGCGGCUUCGCGGGACGGCCUCCCCGGAGGGCCCAGAUGGAGAACCUGCUGCCCCAGAGCCCCUGGACAGUGUCAUCAUCCUGUCCCCGGGAACCCUCGAUGCCACAGCUCCUGUCUGGCCUCCACCCAGGGAAGAAGACCCAGGCACCACCCCACCCGGCCAUAGCGUACCUGUGCCAGCCACAGAGCUGGGCUCCACUGAACUGGUGACCACCAAGACUGCCGGCCCUGAGCAACAAUAG